AACUCUAUCCGGCACAACCUCUCCCUUCAUGAUAUGUUUGUCCGUGAAACAUCUGCUAAUGGUAAAAUCUCCUUUUGGACUAUCCACCCUGAUGCCAACCGUUGCCUGACCUUGGACCAGGUGUUUAAGCCACUGGACUUGGGGUCACCAACAUCGCCUGAGCAUUCUGAAUCACAGCAAAAGCGACAUGUUCAAGAUCUCCAGAAGAACAUGGGAAGCAGCAGCAGCAAAACUGAGACUCAUAAUGCACGACGAAAGAUGAAGCCGUUGCUUCCUCGUAUCAACUCCUACCUGGUUCCGAUCCAGUUUCCGUUGAAUCAGCCUCUUGUCUUGCAGCCUUCUAUGAAGGUCCCUCUCUCCAUGGCACAAGGGACAUCCCUCAACAGCUCAGAGACUGUCCGGAGCAACAAGCGUGUGCGCAUUGCUCCAAAGAUGUCACUCUCUACUGAAGAGUCGUCAUCUUUACCAAUGGCUGCUGUCAAAGAGGAGAGUCAAUGUGAUGAAAGUCUCUUUGCCUCAGCCCAUCCUGUAAAGGAGAGCAGCUCCCAGCCUGGCGAGGACGUGGCGUCUUUCCCCGAAGCCCUGUGCAUAAAGGAGGAGCAAGGCUCCCAGCCCGAUGAGUGGCUGUCUCCUUUCACCUCGGCCUUUCCUGUAAAGGAGGAGCCUGGCUCCUUCCUCCCAAGCUCAGCCACCAAGCAGAAGAAACACUUCACCGUACUGAAGUCCCCAUCUAAGGGUGCUUCUGACACGCUGGUUAUAAAGAGGCGGGAGAGACGGGAAACGGGCAGAUCCAGAAGGAAACAGCGCCUGGCACUGCCUUGCUCUGAAGAGCCGCUGCUUGUUUUGCCAGAGGGCAGUGACUAUAAUGCAGUCCGGUUGGGGGCAGAUGUUCACUUCCUGCAGGAAAGCCAGGCUCUGGAGAACGUAUCACAGCUCAGCUGCUCCCAGGAGGAAGGGGGACCCUUUAAAACACCCGUCAAGGAGCUGUUCAGCAAGUUGCCGGUUUCUUCCACUCCCAGCAAAGUCUCAGCUACCACGUCCCCACUAGGGUGCCUUGAUCCCUGGAAAUCUGCUUCAUUAGCCAAGGAAAGUAAUGAACUGGACUUCAGUCCAGUGAGAACCUUUCAGUUGUCAUUCACACCCCUCCGAGAGAACCAGGACUUGCUGGGUUUUAACAGCACUCCUCCAAAAAAUCCCCUUUUUGAGUCCCCUCGGGAACUGCUCAAUACGGAAGCCAGUGAAAUGAUGCCUGGCCCCCUUACAAGCUCCCCAUCUUUCAUUCAUGAAUCCACUAAAUAUUCAGCUGUUGAACUGCCAACCUCUGGCCUUACUGAAAACCGGUCACUCAUGGAAGGCCUGAUCCUGGAUACCAUGAACGACAGUCUGAGCAAAAUCCUUCUAGAUAUCAGCUUUCCUGGUCUUGAAGAUGAAAACCUAGGAACGGACAUUAGUUGGUCUCAGCUCAUACCUGAACUGAAGUAAACUGGCCCUAGGGCUGAAAUUG